CCGGCGCCGCCGCUGAGCCCGACCUCGAGUUCGAGCCCAGGGCGCGCCCGGCCACACCAUGAGCCACGGGCCGAGCCCCCGGCUGGCCGAGUCCCCGCAGCUGUCCAAGGGCAGCCUCCUGACCAUCCUGGGCAGUCCGUCGCCCGAGCGCAUGGGGCCGGCGGACUCGCUGCCGCCCACGCCGCCCAGCGGCACGCCUUCGCCUGGGCCGCCUCCCGCGCUGCCCUUGCCGCCGCCGCCCGCGCUGCUGGCCGACGGGGACUGGGAGAGCCGCGAGGAGCUGCGGCUGCGGGAGCUGGAGGAGGCGCGGGCGCGGGCGGCGCAGAUGGAGAAGACCAUGCGCUGGUGGUCGGACUGCACGGCCAACUGGCGCGAGAAGUGGAGCAAGGUGCGCGCCGAGCGCAACCGCGCGCGCGAGGAGGUGCGCCAGCUGCGCCAGCGCCUCGACGCGCUCACCAAGGAGCUGGCGGGCGCGCGGCGCGAGCGCCAGGAGGCGCAGGGCGAGUGCGAGGCGCGGGGUCGCGAGCUGGCGAGGCUGCGGGGCGCCCGGGGGGCCGCCGACAAGACGCACGACGGCCCCGAUCCCGAGCGGGAGCACGAGCCGGUGCGCGACGUCGGGUCGGAGAGGCCGCAAGGCAGCCAGGAGCUUGAGCUGGUGGAGAGCCUGCUGAAGAGCAGACCAGAGGAGCCCGAGGGCUGCUGGGAGGUGCGCAGUGUGGGGGCCGGGGGCUCACGGAGCAGCUCGGGCCGCCAGGAGCGCAGCCGGCUGCCCUGGGAGGACACAGCUGCCACCGAGGAGGAUGCCUCCAAGUUAACUGCCUUGCGGCUGCGGCUGGAUGAGUCCCAGAAGGUGCUGCUCAAAGAGCGAGAAGAUAAACUGGCACUGAGCAGGAACAUUGAAAAGCUGGAGGGGGAGCUCAGCCAGUGGAAGAUCAAGUAUGAGGAGCUAAGCAAGACCAAGCAGGAGAUGCUCAAACAACUCAGCAUCCUGAAGGAGGCACAUCAGGAUGAACUGGGCCGCAUGUCCGAAGACCUGGAGGACGAGCUCGGUGCACGGUCCAGCAUGGACAGGAAGAUGGCUGAGCUGAGGGGUGAGAUGGAGCGGCUGCAGGCUGAGAAUGCAGCGGAGUGGGGCCGCCGUGAGCGGCUGGAGACAGAGAAGUUGGGCCUCGAGCGGGAGAACAAGAAGCUGCGGGCACAGGUUGGGGACCUGGAGGAGGCACUGGCCCGGCGACGGCGGCAAACAGCCAGUGCACUGGAUUGCGACCUGCGGGCCAGCCAGGCUGCGCUCUUCGAGAAGAACAAGGAGCUUGCAGACCUGAAGCAUGUGCAUGGCAAGCUGAAGAAGCAGUUCCAAGAGAAGGUGGCAGAGUUGGCUCAUGCCAACCGACGGGUAGAGCAGCAUGAGGCAGAGGUAAAGAAGCUGCGGCUUCGGGUGGAGGAGCUCAAGAAGGAGCUGGCCCAGGCUGAGGACGAGUUGGACGAGGCCCACAACCAGGCGCGGAAGCUGCAGCGGUCACUGGACGAGCAGACGGAGCAGAGCGAGAACCUGCAAGUGCAGCUGGAGCACCUGCAGUCCAGGCUCCGCAGGCAGCAGCAGAACACCCCCCUCUUCGGGAAGAUCCGCAGUGCUCGCUUUGGCACCGAGGAGGCCGGGGAUGGAGCCAGCGACCUGGACGAGGACGAGGACCUGCAAAUCCAGGUGGCCUAGAGCCUUACAGGGCUGGGCAACCCUGGCCCGAAGCUGCAGGCCCCCAGGGGCCCAGGCUGACCAGUUGCCUGUGCUUGCUCUGGGACAGAUCCCACUCCCUGCCACUAACGGAUGACUUCCUUGUCUCCCAAGGAGGGCA